UUUUGCGAACGGCGAGCAGCGGCGGCGCGGAGAGGGGCAGCGGAGGUUUUGCUGGUUUGGGACCCCAGCGGCCGGAUGGUGAAAUCCUCCCUGCAGCGGAUCCUCAACAGCCACUGCUUCGCCCGAGAGAAGGAGGGGGAUAAAUCCAGCGCCACCGUCCACGCCAGCCGAACCAUGCCGCUCCUCAGCCUGCACAGCCGCGGCGGCCGCAGCAGCGGGAGUUCCAGGGUCUCCCUCCCCUGCUCGAGUAACCCGGGUCCGGGGCCUCGGUGGUGCUCCGAUGUCCCUCACCCACCCCUGAAGAUCCCAGGUGGGCGAGGGAAUAGUCAGAGGGAUCACAAUCUUUCAGCUAAUUUAUUUUACUCGGAUAAUCGGCUGAAUGUAACAGAGGAACUAACGUCUAACGACAAGACGAAAAUCUUGAACGUCCAGACCAGGCUCACGGCCGCCAAGCACAUCAGCUGGAGAGUGGUGCUGCGGGGGGCCUCCCUCUACAUCGAGAUCCCGGGCGGGGCGCUGCCCGAGGGCAGCAAGGACAGCUUUGCAGUUCUUCUCGAGUUUGCCGAGGAGCAGCUCCACGCUGACCACGUUUUCAUUUGCUUCCACAAGAACCGUGAUGACAGAGCCGCCUUGCUCCGGACCUUCAGCUUCCUGGGCUUUGAGAUUGUGAGACCGGGGCAUCCCCUUGUCCCCAAGAGACCCGACGCCUGCUUCAUGGCCUACACCUUCGAGAGAGACUCUGCUGGCGAGGAGUAGUGGAGACGGGUCCUGGCGCCUCCCCGCGGAGCCUCCAUCAGCCCAGCCCCUCCACGUCGCGAGGUGCGGGCAGCGCGACCAGCCCUGCGCUGAGUCGGUGCAGCCGCUCCUCUGCUGGGUGUGUCGCAUGUUGUAAUUGUGCAAAUAAAUGCUCACUCCAAAUUAGCAUAUAUUUCUUGAAGUUUAAUAUUGUGUUUGUGAUACUGAAGUAUUUGCUUUAAUUCUAAAUAAAAGUUUAUAUUUUACUUUUUUA